UAAUCGCCGUUCUUCACGUUUCUGGCAUAAAACUGGAACAGACAUAGUGACUUUCAAUCCAUUUUUAAAGGUUGGUAACAUACGAGGAAUGGUACAGUUAUAUAGCAUUACAGACAUCAACAUUGUGUGUCAAAGACUUGAUCAUUUGGUUGAUGAUCUACAUGGCUAUCCGAUCGGUGUGACAAUAUUCACUGCAUACCCAUAUGCAGUACCAAUUCGCAGCAAACAAAUGGACUCGAAGAGUUAUGGCGGUGUGGAUGGCAAUUCGAUGAAUGUAGCCGCACAGUUUAUGAACUUCAAGCCCAUCAUACAUAGACCAAAAGAUAAAGUAAAGUUUGGUUACAAAACGGAGGAAGGCACAUACGUUGGUUCAAUAGGAGAUAUUGUUUAUGGGAAAAGCGAUAUUGCUUUCAAUUCUCAUUAUAUUAGAAACUAUGACAAUGCUGAAAUUCAGUUCGUAGUCCCACCCGUUAUAUAUGACGCUAUAGUUAUCCUUGUACCCAAAAGCCAACUAAUCCCUAGAUGGAUGGACCUAUUUGAAUGCUUUAGUUUGACAGAACUAUUUUUUCUCCUUGGUUUUUAUAUUAUAUCUGUGUGUUUCAGCAUAUUUAUUAAGAGAUAUUUAGGUGCUACAAUCAACAUUUAUGAAACCGUUCGCAUUGCUGUCGGCAUAUUAAAAAUGUUUCUAACUAUUCCCAUAGCAGGAACAAAACAAUUAACAUCAUUCUCUGAGAGAAUUUUUGUUUCGUCUUGCCUGUUGGUUGGUGUACUAAUAGUUACGGCUAUUCAAGUUACACUGGUAACAGAAAUCAGUAGUCCGAAUUACUAUCCUGAUAUCAAUACACUGGAACAAUUAGAAGAAUCAGGGUUACCAAUAUCAACAUCGUACCAAAAUCUUGUAGACAUUUUCAACUACAGUGACAGCCCAAUAAUGACAAGUCUUGCAAAAAAGGUUAGAUUGGAAAGUAACAAUUACGGUAUCAAAGAGCGAAUUGCCCAUAAAAUGGAUUACGCCGCAGUUACCACCCUUUCGAAUGCCCAGCAUUUUCUAAAAAGAUAUACUGGACCAUCUGAUAACCCCUUGCUGCAUGCCGUUCGGGAAACGCCUCGAGGAUAUUUCUUAUCGUAUGUUGUCCCUAAACAUUCUCCGUAUGUGCGACAUUUAAACUACGUAAUAUCAGUACUAAUUGAAAGUGGUCUCGUAAAGAAGUGGAAUGCUGAUCAAUUUUGGGAACAUCGGUUAGCAGUAGGGCAUAACCACACUCGCGCAGAAAAGUCGAAACUAUAUGCAUACUCAAUGAAUGACUUACAAACUGCGUUCUUCGUCUUGGCGUCCGGCCUAUCUUGUGGUGUCGUUGCUUUCAUAGUGGAAAUGAUGGUAGCUUUUAAGUUGUUCUCGUGGGACGGGUAA